GCUGUUUCUGUCCGAACACCUCAAUAAACGGACUGCUACACUGUUGGUUUGUAGGAGAGACGCAGGAGCAGCUGUUUGUUGUCGCUAUAUGUAAUUUUUCACAAUGAGUACAGACGCGGCUUUACUGUUAGAAACGGUUAAUUUUGCUGCAGAGAAACAUCGUAACCAGCGACGUAAAGACGUAGAUGCGACGCCGUACAUCAAUCAUCCAAUCGGAGUAGCAAGAAUCCUCAGCCAUGAAGGAGGCGUCACAGAAAUCGAGGUUUUGCAAGCCGCUCUGCUCCACGACACCGUGGAGGACACCGACACUACUCCUGCUGAGCUGGAAGCAAAGUUUGGGCCGAUCGUGGCUCGCAUCGUAGAGGAAGUGACAGACGACAAAAGUCUGUCCAAACAGGAGAGGAAGCGUCUGCAGGUGGAGCACGCGCCCCACCGCAGCCACCAAGCCAAACUGGUCAAACUGGCUGACAAACUGUAUAACCUGAGGGACCUGAACCGCUGCACGCCUGUCGGUUGGACGGCAGAGAGGGUCCAGGAGUAUUUCGAGUGGGCCUGUGCGGUGGUGAAAGGCCUGAAAGGAACCAACUCAGCUCUGGAGGAGAAGCUGGAGGAACUGUUCAGACAGAGAGGAGUUCAGCUCUGAUGACACAGCAGCACUACAAGAAGAGUCUAUUUAAGUUCCAUAUUUCCAUUUAUAAAUGUAUAACAUAUAAAUAAAUCAUAUUUCAUAUACA